UUGCUUUCCUUCCGCAUGCCAGAAACAACGUGACCAUGUCGGCACCAGAGCAGAUUAUCGAGAUCGUUAUGGAGGACAGGACGUAUAACGUGAGUAAGAGCAAGCUGAUUGAGAAGAGCGAUUACUUCCGUGCCUUGUACAGCUCUGGGAUGAGGGAGGCCGGUGAAGACUCUGUGCAGCUGCAGGGGCUGAGUGUGCCAGGCCUGGAGCUGGUCCUGGAGUUCAUCAACACAUCUAAAGUUCAGGUUGUCAAUGAGACGCUGGAGGACCUGAUCGAGACGGCCUCUUUCCUGCAGGUGACGCCCAUCUUGAAACUUCUCCUGUCCGAAAUCCGCCAAGACAACUGCAUUGAACUCUUCAAGCUCUCGGAGGUCUAUGGAACGCACGACCUACGGACAGCAUGCCUCAAGUACAUGAGCUGUCACUACCAUCCCAUGCUGCGCAGGCCAGAGUUUCAGGUCCUGCCUGCUUCUUUGAAGGAGCAGGUCAAAGAAAUGCGCAUGAGGGGCACUGCCACUCUGGUGGCCAUUGGAGACUUUAAGGGCACCUGCUUGGACCUUGCUGACCAGGACGAACCAUGGUCCAUGCUGAGGUACGGGGAACUAGAGCAGCGCUGGAAGCCGCUCGCCAACAACCUGCCCCCAGACAUGGUCAGCGUCAGAGGGUACGGCUCUGCGGUGCUGGAUAACUACCUUUUCAUCGUCGGUGGGUACCGAAUGACAAGCCAAGAAAUCUCUGCAGCACAUUGCUUCAAUCCCUGCAAAAAUGAAUGGAAUCAUAUAGCGCCUUUGAACCAGAAGAGGGCCAACUUUAAGCUGGUGGCAGUGAGUGGGAAGCUGUAUGCAGUGGGCGGUCAUUGCUUAGGUACAGUGGAGUGCUACAGUCCUGAGCAGGAUUGGUGGACGUGUGUUUCCUCCAUGCCGAACCCUCUGGCUGAGUUCUCUGCCUGCGAGUGCCAGGGCAUGAUCUACGUCAUGGGUGGCUACACAGCCAGAGACAGGAACACUGAUGUUCUGCGCUACUGCCCCACCUCAGACACGUGGUCAGUGUUCCGCACCUGCUCAGCCCACGUGCGGAAGCAGCAGAUGCUGUCAGUGGAGGAGACCAUCUACUUGGUAGGUGGCUAUACGCAUGAGCUGGAGUGUGUGGCCGGAGGCCAGCGGCGAGCCAGUCAGACGGAGGACAUGCUGACGGUGCAGUCGUAUAAUGUGCGGACAGGAGAGUGGCUGCAGUUGAAGGAGAACACGUCCAAGUCGGGCCUGAACCUCACCUGCACUCUCCACAAUGAUGGCAUUUACAUCAUGAGUCGUGACAUGAGUCUGCCCACAAGCCUGGAGCACCGCGUCUUCCUCAAGUACAACAUCUUCUCUGACGCCUGGGAGGCCUUUCGUCGCUUCCCCGGACUGGGCCAGAACAUGCUGCUGUGCUCGCUCUACCUGCCUAACAUCCUGUGAGCCAGAAAGCACCAUGCGCAAGCCAUCUUAAGUAGCCUCCUGAGGGAUGCCGUGUAUGCCCUGGCCAGUACAUGCGGCAAUCUUAGAGUAUGGUGGUAAAUUAGCGGCGGAGAUAAAUGGGGUCAGAAGCAAUCGCAUUCAGGGUCAGUGAGGGGGUUACUGCAGAGAUGCAUGCUACAAGAGAAGGGCUGAUGAAAGGUUGCUCAAAAUUGAGGUCAAUGAAUGUUGUUUGCACUAAUAACAAACAAACAAUCCACUGUACCUCAAUUAGGGUCGGGAUAACAGCUUGUUGUUGAGGCACACUUGAAUUUAAGCACAGAGCUUAUGCUGAGAUAUACAUAAAACACUUUAUAUGGGAGCAAGUGCACUGUUGCAACAGAUUUUCCCAUCUUGCACGAAAACUACUAAUGCCAAUGCAUGUACUUACUGUCUGUAUUCCCUAUACAGAAUAUAUAAAUGCACUACUGACUGAUGAUUGGCAGCAAAAGGCUGUGGUUUUACACGGCCCUGGUUGUGAUAGAACACUAAGAGUCUGAUCAGAAAGCAUUAAUAGUCUUAACUACUGCUCAAGCUUCAUGAGUACCUUACCAUUUUAGGCCUUGAAUUUUCAGGCCUAGUACAUAUACAAAAGCACUUGACCAAAACAGCUGUGAUCUUAUUUUGACUGAAUGGUGAUGUGGAGGGCUUCUAGCAAAAGGACCAAAAUGUGCAAAUGUUCUGAAGAGACGUCUGUUUCCGAGAGUUAAGGUGGUGGCCCUCCUGAAUGCAGUACUUUACGUUGACCUUUGAUUCAUUCAGGUUUCUUUUUUAAUUUUGCUUCGUUUUGAGCAGUUUCCAGUCUGAAUGUGUGACAGUACUGAAUAUUGCCACAGAUGCCUUGAAAACAGUCAUGAUUUUAAGUUCAAUAAAAUCAUCAGGAGAAGGGAA